CUUUGAGUCGGAACCGCCGGUGAACUUGGGCGCCACGUUCCGGGUGACGGAUCCCCCGAGGAUGGUGAACGCGAGCUGCUGCUGACCCUGCCUCUGCCGCUCCUUCUCCCGGCUGCCGAGCACCUGGGGCCCCUUUCUCCUCCCCUUGCCCGGCUGUGGGUGAACCUGCAGGCUCCUAACCCACCCGGAGGACUUUUUUUUGAAAGGAAACGAGGGAGGGAGGGAGAGGGAAAGAGGGAGAAAAAGAAGGGGAGCUCGUCCAUCCAUUGAAGCACAGUUCACUAUGAUCUUACUCACAUUCAGCACUGGAAGACGGUCGGAUUUCGUGCAUCUUUCGGGGGUGUUUUUCUUGCAAACCUUGAUUUGGAUUUUAUGUGCUACAGUCUGCGGAACGGAGCAGUAUUUCAAUGUGGAGGUUUGGUUACAAAAGUACGGCUACCUCCCACCAACUGACCCCAGAAUGUCGGUGCUGCGCUCUGCAGAGACCAUGCAGUCCGCCCUAGCUGCCAUGCAGCAGUUCUAUGGCAUUAACAUGACAGGAAAAGUGGACAGAAACACAAUCGACUGGAUGAAGAAGCCUCGAUGUGGUGUACCUGACCAGACAAGAGGUAGCUCCAAAUUUAACAUUCGUAGAAAGCGAUAUGCAUUAACAGGACAGAAGUGGCAGCACAAACACAUCACUUACAGCAUAAAGAACGUAACUCCUAAAGUAGGAGACCCUGAGACCCGUAAGGCUAUUCGCCGUGCCUUUGAUGUGUGGCAGAAUGUAACUCCUCUGACAUUUGAAGAAGUUCCCUACAGUGAAUUAGAAAAUGGCAAACGUGAUGUGGAUAUAACCAUUAUAUUUGCAUCUGGUUUUCAUGGAGACAGUUCUCCCUUUGAUGGGGAGGGAGGAUUUUUGGCACAUGCCUAUUUCCCUGGACCAGGAAUUGGAGGAGAUACUCAUUUUGAUUCAGAUGAGCCAUGGACACUAGGAAAUCCUAAUCAUGAUGGAAAUGACUUAUUUCUCGUGGCAGUUCAUGAACUGGGACACGCUCUGGGAUUGGAGCAUUCAAAUGACCCCACAGCUAUCAUGGCUCCAUUCUACCAAUACAUGGAAACAGACAACUUCAAACUUCCUAAUGAUGACUUGCAGGGCAUCCAGAAGAUAUAUGGUCCACCUGACAAGAUCCCUCCACCUACAAGACCUCUACCAACAGUGCCCCCACACCGCUCUAUUCCUCCGGCUGACCCAAGGAAAAAUGACAGGCCAAAGCCUCCUCGGCCCCCCACCGGCAGACCUUCCUAUCCUGGAGCCAAACCAAACAUCUGUGAUGGGAACUUUAACACUCUAGCUAUUCUUCGCCAUGAGAUGUUUGUUUUCAAGGACCAGUGGUUUUGGCGAGUGAGAAACAACAGAGUGAUGGAUGGAUACCCCAUGCAAAUUACCUACUUCUGGCGGGGCCUGCCUCCUAGCAUCGAUGCAGUUUAUGAAAACAGUGAUGGGAAUUUUGUCUUCUUCAAAGGUAACAAAUAUUGGGUAUUCAAGGACACAACUCUUCAACCUGGUUACCCUCAUGACUUGAUUACUCUCGGAAGUGGAAUUCCCCCCCAUGGUAUUGACUCAGCCAUUUGGUGGGAGGACGUUGGGAAAACCUAUUUCUUCAAAGGGGACAGGUAUUGGAGAUAUAGUGAAGAAAUGAAAACCAUGGACCCUGGCUAUCCCAAGCCAAUCACAGUCUGGAAAGGGAUCCCUGAAUCUCCUCAGGGAGCCUUUGUGCACAAAGAAAAUGGCUUUACAUAUUUCUACAAAGGAAAGGAGUAUUGGAAAUUCAACAACCAGAUACUCAAAGUAGAACCUGGAUAUCCGAGAUCCAUCCUCAAGGAUUUUAUGGGCUGUGAUGGACCAACAGACAGAGAUAAAGAAGGACACAGCCCGCCAGAUGAUGUAGACAUUGUCAUCAAACUGGACAACACAGCCAGCACUGUGAAAGCCAUAGCUAUUGUCAUUCCCUGCAUCUUGGCCUUAUGCCUCCUUGUAUUGGUUUACACUGUGUUCCAGUUCAAGAGGAAAGGAACACCCCGCCACAUACUGUACUGUAAACGCUCUAUGCAAGAGUGGGUGUGAUGUAGGGUUUUUUUUCCCUUUCUUUCUUUUUCCAGGAGUUUGUGGUAACUUGAGAUUCAAGACAAGAGCUGUUAUGCUGUUUCCUAGCUAGGAGCAGGCUUGUGGCAGCCUGAUUUGGGGCUGACCUUCCAAACCCAGAGGGUUGCUGGUCCUGCACAUGAGUGGAAAUACACUCAUGGGAAAGCUUCCAUGAUGCACAGUAUCUGCCGUUCUUCAGUCCUUUGUCUUUCUUUGUCAUUCAGUUAUAGGCCUUUCCUCUGCACGCUCAAUGCCCAGUCAAAUUUCAGGAUUAACUAAAGAAGAGGAAAAAAAAAAAAAGAAGAAAAGAUUCUUCUUAAAGGUUUUAAAUAUUAUUUUCCUUCUGAAGUCUGAGCCCAUUUUGGGGAGAGAGAGAGAGAGAAAAAAAAAAAGCAAAAGAGAAAAUCCACAAUUUUUGCUUUAAAACAAAGGAAAAAAAAAAGUUUAAACAUAAAGUCCACAAUUGAACUUUCAGGAAAGUGUGAAGACCCAAAACAGCUUUGUCUCCAAAGAAGAUAGCUCUGUGACUGCUAUGGAUAAUCUCCUGCGCAUCAUUUUGUCAGGUGGGAGAUCUGGAUACACAGGCAGGACUUUAGACUGUCGGGACAGCCAUUUUCCAACAAACAAGGGGCCAAAAUAUCUGCAAUAUAGUAACAGCCUUAAUAAUACAUCCAUUUUUCGUUUUAUACAGCUGUUCUCAGCUAUGUCCUCAAUGUUUCAUCACACAUUUCUAUUCAUACCUAUAUUCAAAACAGGACCUUUGAAUUGUUUUGAAGUGUUUCUAAACCCUCUCUUACCACCUGACCCCUCUAUCAUUGUGAUAAUAUCCCCAGGUUGUAUUUAGGCCAAUGCCCCAGGCCUUCCAUGGGUCUGUCAGGAAUAUUCGUUACAAAGCAGAGCAAGAAGCAGUAUGUUUCUGAAGUAGAUUAAAGUGACAGUUAUUUUGCAAGGAUUUGUAAUUCUAGUAAUAUAUUGGUGUAACCCUUUGAGAACUAUCAGACCAGCUUUCAGAGUCUUAGGAUUGUCAGUGUUGCUAUGCGGUAAAUUGUAGAACUGGCCAAUGUUAAAAACAGUGAUAGGUUCAAGAAGUUCCUGUUUUUAAAACAUAUCCCAUAACCCCCUUGUAAUUCUAAAACGAUUUACAGUACUACAUGAAUACACUUAUAACAAACAGCAAUGAUAUUACCUGCCCAAAAUUUUCUGGCAAAUAAAAAAGAUAUUUUGUUAACAGUAUCUCCUAAGAGUGAAAUUUUAUUUGAACAACUGUUUAUAGCAACCUAAUUCUUUUUUUUUCCCCUUAGACAUAUUGAAUUCUUGUUUUAAAAUCCAUUGCAUGAGAAUUCAAUUUGCCUUGGUAUACGCAGUUAGCAUUGCCUUUUUAAAAAUGAAUUAAAAUGAUGACUCUGAGGUUGCAUGAAUAUCCUCCAUUGCAUUACCUACUGCAUGUCAACCAUAGUUCUCAAAGGGUUAGUAUGGCUUCUGGCAUUUUGCCAUCCAUUUGAUCACUGACAGAGCCAAGAGACCACCAAAGCAUUUCAUUGUUGAGUGUAAUUUGUCCUAAGAGCAGUAUUGUCAUUUUCAUGUGACCUGCAGAGCAGGUUUGUAUCAAUAUUUUUUUCCUAGAGAAAAGUCAGCAACUGACAGACCUCUUUAUUGAUUUUUAGGAGCUGCUUCUUGCAGUGAAAGGCUUUACAGCCACUGGGCUGUGAACUUAUUAGAGAUGGUCAGGAGGAAUGCACCCCAUGAGUCAGACAUUGGCUUUGUGUGAAAGCCAGCUUUUGAGGGGAUUAGCUUUUGAAACAAUGAACAGCUUGCCUUGAACUUGAUUAUUGAUCUGUUGACUGUCAUUAACAACAACUUAAACAUUGUCUUCUGUGAAAAUUUUCCUUGAAGAGUCCUGUUCUAUGUCUUUGCCCUUUGACCUUUAACUUGCAAACUGGCACAAACUGAAGGGAAUAUGGUGUUGCUUCUCCAUGGGAUUGUUAAUUGUUCUCUAAAACCUCUUCAACAUGAGCUGUUUCCUUAGAGUGCAGAGAGAAAGAGUGUUGAUGGUGGGUCUGCAGAUGGACACUUUGUCUUUACAUGCACACUCUAAAAAUGCCCUAUAGGUAGAAGUGGUUUUUAAUUUCCUUUUCAUAUGAUUUGAAGCCUAAUUUCAUCAUUUUAGUAUGAAUUACAAAAAAUAUAGGAAAAAAAA